AGCAAUUGAGUUAUACACACUAAUAAGAAUUACUUUUGGGAUCACUCCAGCCCUCCAACGUCAGUAGCUCGUUUGCUUUUCCGACAAAUUCGAUAAGGACCGGGAGGGACUUUCGUCACAGGGAAAUCUCGCGCAUAUGCAGCUGCCAGCGUCACCCCACAUCAGCCCCUCCAUCGAUUGACCUAGAGCCAUUCAACAAACAUUCGGCGCCUCCCACGCCAAUUCUUUCCAUUCCCUUCCUCGACGUAAGUAGUCUUCGAUUCUCCUCUUUUCGCUUCAAAAGAACACAUUGGUUCUUCAAAGUACCCUUCGAGACCUUCAAGAGCUACAUAAGGCACUACAGCUUCGGGACGACUUUCAUACCACCAUGUCUCUCUCCAACAAGCUCUCCAUUACCGACGUCGACGUCAAGGGAAAGCGUGUGCUCGUCCGAGUCGAUUUCAACGUCCCCCUUGACGCCAACAAAAAUAUCACCAACAAUCAACGCAUCGUGGGCGCGCUCCCUACAAUCAAAUAUGCCGUCGAGCAGGGCGCCAAAGCCGUGAUCCUGAUGUCGCACCUCGGCCGCCCGGAUGGCAAACCAAACCCGAAGUACAGUCUCAAGCCGGUUGUUCCCGAGCUCGAGAAGCUGCUGGACGGGCGGAAGGUAAUUUUCGCCGAGGACUGUGUGGGGAAGGAGACAGAGGCAACGGUCAAUGCCGCGACCGAUGGGCAGGUGAUUUUGCUCGAGAAUUUGAGGUUUCAUGCUGAGGAAGAGGGGAGUUCGAAGGAUGCUGAGGGGAAGAAGGUUAAGGCGGAUAAGGCGAAGGUGGAGGAGUUUAGGAAGGGGUUGACGGCUUUGGGGGAUAUUUAUAUCAACGAUGCCUUCGGAACAGCACAUCGUGCCCACAGCUCUAUGGUCGGCGUAGACCUCCCGCAAAAGGCCUCCGGGUUCCUUGUCAAGAAGGAGCUCGAGUACUUCGCCAAAGCCCUUGAGGACCCUGCAAGGCCCUUUCUUGCAAUCCUCGGUGGCGCCAAGGUCUCCGAUAAGAUCCAGCUCAUCGACAACCUGCUCAGCAAGGUCAAUAGCCUUAUCAUCUGCGGUGGUAUGGCUUUCACGUUCAAGAAGACGCUUGAGGGUGUCGCUAUCGGAAACAGCCUGUUCGACGAGGCUGGCAGCAAGACAGUCGGAGACUUGGUUAAAAAGGCAAAGGAUAACAAUGUCAAAAUUGUUCUGCCAGUAGAUUACAUUACUGCGGACAGCUUCUCCAAGGAUGCAAAGACCGGAUAUGCCGAGGAUAAGGAUGGUAUUCCAGACGGCUGGAUGGGACUUGACUGCGGCGAGAAGUCGAUUGCCCUGUACAAGGAAACCAUUAACGAGGCAAAGACAAUCCUCUGGAACGGCCCACCAGGUGUCUUCGAAUUCGAGGCCUUCGCGAAUGGCACAAAGAAAACCAUGGAUGUCGCCGUCGCCGCUGCACAAAGCGGAAAGAUCGUCAUCAUCGGUGGUGGUGACACUGCGACCGUUGCCGCCAAGUACGGUGUAGAAGACAAGCUCAGCCACGUAUCUACUGGAGGUGGAGCAUCUCUCGAACUGCUUGAGGGCAAGGAUCUUCCAGGUGUGUCGGCUCUGUCAAGUAAGUAGAUCAUGACCAGUGGCUCAGAGUAUUGGCUUAAAAUAGAUGGGAAGGGUCUUCCUCGAGGUUAUGACGUAUGUUAUUAGUUCUUCAAGGGUUCAAUACAGCUCGACUGAUACUUUAGUCUUCACGAUAUACUUGACCCAUUAUGCCAUGUGCCUGUUUGUAUUGCCUGGA